AUGAAGAACUUCAUCAUCAACUUCAUCAUUUGCUUCCUCGCAAGUAUCGCAAUCGCAGACACCCACGACGUCCCACUGGUUGAGGGAGUCAAGCUUCUCGAGUUCUUCCCUUCAGGAGUACCAAUCGACCUAAAUAAAUCCGGAAUCGUUUUCAGACAAGUCUGGUCCCCAUUGAAAUGGAAACUUGUCUUGUUCUGCGAAUCGGACAACCUCUCCAACGAUAUCAAUUGCUACUGGAGUGUCCGGUCCACCCUAAGUCCGAUCUCGACGCAACCAGCCGUAAAGACUUUGUUUUUGAGCUCGAGAGCGAAGCAAAAUCCCGACAAACAGAUCUACACCCGAUCUAUAGAUCAUCGAAAUUUAACGUUAACGAAGUUAAUCCACAGAUCUUGCCAGCCGACUACGCCGACUACGCUGAGAUGA